AUGGCGUACAUGUCUCGAUACCAGGAGGACUCGGACGCCGACGACGAGUUUGAGCGCAGCAUGCAGAGCCCCGGCCUGCCCGUCGAGUACGACAGCUCGCCGACGAGCUCGGGGCCGCUGAGCACCGAGCACACCCCCACGACCUUUACACACUCGCGAGACAGCCGCAGCAGCCCCACGGGUUUGCUGACCGACUGGACGGCUGAGCAGGCUGCCGACUUUGUGUCCGACGUGGGGCUGGAGCAGUAUGCGGAUACUUUUGUCGACGAGGGUAUCACAGGCGACGUCCUGGCAGCACUGCAGCAUUCCGAACUGAAGGAGAUGGGUAUAGGGAGCGUGGGCCACCGUCUGACCAUCCUCAAGGCUGUCUACGAGAUCAAGGUCAAGCAGAAUGUGCCCAUAGACCCGGACGACUAUGUCCCACUGUCCGCAGACACAUCCACGCAAGAAGCACCACCAACACAGGACGACUUUGCGAGGGUGAUACACGUCAUCCAGGCGCGAGAUGAGCGGAUACACACAGCCGAGUCGGAGCUGCGGCACCUCAGAGAAGAUCUGACCAGGGUACUGGACGAGAACAAGCGGCUGCGCGACGAGAUCCUGCCAAUAGUGCGCAUGCUCAAGGACAGCCAGCACCCUCUGCCCACCCCCCACGACCACUCCGUGACAUCCCCACCAACCCAAGAGCGAUCCGGUGGGAGCAGCCUGUCGCGCAAGUUCUCCACCAAGAAGCUCUUCCUCGGCUCGGCCCCCAAGAACCCCUCUCCAACAAUCCAGGAGCACCGUGUCGUCGACCACUCGUCCCUGGACCCCUCUGCAGCAGCCGUCGCAGCCUCCUCACACCUCACAGCCUCUCUUGGCGGUGGCCCCCAGCUAUCACCCAAGUCCCUCGCACAACCCUCGCCCACAUCGCCGGCCUACUCCCAAGCCCAGGCCCGCCAAUACACCCGCGACAUCCCUCGCAGCGCACACACCGAGCACGACAACAACUGGUCGCAGCCCGGCACAUGGAACACGGACUCGAACUCGAACCGCGAUCCCCGCGUCACCCCCGCGCCGCUCUCAUCCCGCAUGCUCCGCAACAACCCCAUCCUCACCCCCCUCCCCGACGACCGCGACCGCGACCGCGACCCGCCCUUAUCCGGCGGCUCCAGCACCCUCAACGCCUCAACACCAAACCCCUCCCAACAACAACAACAGCAACAACAACAACAGCAGCAACAACCACCCCCCUCUUCCAACCCACAAGUCGAAAUCUUCAAAUCCUUCCGCGUUUCCAUCGACGACCCCUGCCACAAAGUCCUCCCCGUCGCGCUGAAGAAAUACAACAUCACAGCCGACUGGCGCCAAUACGCCCUCUACAUCGUACACGGCGACCAGGAGCGCUGUCUCGGCCUCAACGAGCGGCCCCUCAUCUUAUUCAAGCAGCUUGAUAAAGAGGGGAGGAAGCCCAUGUUUAUGCUGCGUAAACAUGCGGCGCCUGAGCAGGGGCAUGUUAGUACAGUGGGCGGCAAUGAUAUAAGGAGUGUCAAUUCUAAUGCGAAUUCUGGUGGUGGUGGGGGUGGGUUUGGAUGGGAUAAUAAUCAGAGUCGCGGGACGCCGUUGCCGGGGGGGGUGUUGUAA